AUGGGGUACCCAGAUGCCUGGUUCCUCCUGGUACUGCUCUGGGCACAAGCAGCAGCUCAGAGGGCAGGUCCUCGGUGCCCAUCAUGCGGGUCACCCACACUAGGACCCCAGGAAGAGAGGGCCCUGGUCCUGGAGCUGGCCAAGCAGCAGAUCUUGGAGGGGCUGCAACUGAGCAGCCGGCCAAGCAUACCCCAUCCUCCCCACCCUGCAGUCCUGGCCAGAGCUUUAAGGAGACUGCAGUCUAAGAAGGUGGCUCAGAUGAACCAGGUGGAGACCAUCAGCUUUGCAGCAGAAACAGACUCCUUCUCCACUCCAGCUUGUGGAUCCAUCCUCAGCUUCCACCUCUCUGCUCCUCUGAACCCACCUCCACACCACAUCCGUCUCUGGCUGCACCUGCAUCCCACUGGAGCUGGGACCCCCUCCAUUCAAAUCUUCCAGUGGGGUUUGGACAGAGGAGUCCUGGGAAGUCAAACCCUGCUGGCUAAGCAUCGAACGACCACACCAGGAUGGAAUGCUCUGACCCUGCCUUCUCGGGCACUAGAGAGCACUGGCUCUGGCGUUCUGAAAUUUAAGCUGGUCUGCAGGCCUCACGUGGCCAAUAGCACAGCUGCCAGAAACUUACUUCUGGAUAGAGCUGGACACCAUCAACCCUUCCUGGUGAUUAGGACCCAAGCCAGGGCACCUGGAGGGGAUCGGGCCAAGAGAAGGACCCCUACGUGUGAGCCUGGGAGCCCUCUAUGCUGCAAGCGAGACCACUAUGUAGACUUCCAGGAACUGGGCUGGCAAGAUUGGAUCUUGCAGCCUGAGGGGUACCAGCUAAAUUAUUGUAGUGGACAGUGCCCCCCACACCUGGCUGGAAGCCCAGGCAUUACCGCCUCCUUCCACUCUGCUGUCUUCAACCUCCUCAAAGCCAACAGUCCCUGGCCAUCUGGCCCGUCUUGCUGUGUCCCCACAGCCCGUCGGCCACUCUCCCUCCUCUACCUUGACCAGAGUGGCAAUGUGGUCAAGACCGAUGUACCCGAUAUGGUGGUGGAAGCCUGUGGUUGUAGCUAGCAAGCGGGUUCAAGGAAUCCAGAACUAGAUAGUGGGAAUCGAGUUGGUCCACAGAAGAAGGGGGUCAGCAGGUCAGUGGCUGAGGCCAUCUAAUUCCUGACAUCCCCUCUCCAGGUGACUUGGUAGUCUGGCCCCAUUGGCCAAUCAACAUGGAGACCUUAGUGUCCAGUCAGUUUCAGGCUACUAGGAGAAUGGGGAGAUGGGUAGGGCAGUCCUCUGAAGGAUUCUGCUCGAAGAGGAUUCCUACCUUGAACACUCCAUAGAAGAGUUGG